AUGGUGAAACUAAGCUCGCCGUGGCAGGGCUGCUUAGUUUGGGAGGGGGUCUUUGCUACUCCAGCAUAUUCGCUGCCUCAGUACCCUGUACACUGGGCCCUGCCGUCUCAGACGUCGUACGGUAUGGCGACCACUGAGAGGCGAUCAAAUCUCAGGUUGCUCAGGACGGAAUACAGGAUCGGAAGAUUUGGAGUAGGGGACCGGAAUGAAAAUGGCAAUCGUCUCGCCGGGCUGUUGUCCGCCGCUCGCCUCUUUCAUGGGAACUCUGUUUUCAUGAAAAAAGAUUAUCGUCGGUGGACAUGGGAAUCGCCCAAUGGCGCGACUCAUGCGGAGAUCGACCACAUACUCACCAACCGGAGGUGGUGUCUACUUGACGUCUCAGUAGUACCAUCCUUUUGUAGUUGUUCUGAUCACGGUCUCCUUCGUGCGAAAAUACGACUUAGCCACACGAUGGAAAAGAACAUCUGCUAUCGGCAACGAAGGAGAAAAGAAGUCGUCUACGACUGCGUACUCGAGGACUCCUUGUCCCAAGGUGACUGGCACAUCGAGGAAGAUCCAAACGUGGACUACGAGAUGCUGCUCAGAUGA